GUUGCGUGUGGGUUUUCACUGUCCAGUUUUUCCAGGGAAGACCUUUCCCCAGCUAGUUAGAAGUGUCCAGCUAGGCUGCCCAGCAGUCUUUCCAUUGGGCACUUGGUUGUUAUUUUUCCUUUAUUAUUUUCGGGGCGAAUCCUGGGUGGGGAGCGAGUUCCUUGUCGGAGGUAGGCUUUCGGGGCCCUGGCCGCCGAAGUUUGCCUUUAAAGUCACCUCGAGCUUGGCAUGCCCCAGAAGACAGCUUAGGCUAAGUUUUGGGUAGGCAGGGCCCUGGGGAAGGGGUUGCUCUUUUGAGGAAGCUGGUGUGACUGUUCUGUAGCCGACGCGGUUGUUUUUUGGUUGCGUGUCUGCAUACACUUGGUGGUGGUUGCACUGUUGUGUGGUGUUACCGCUUCCGUUGGUGUAGCAAUUGCAGCAAAGAUGGCUGUGUUUAGUUUAGAGGAGUUUGUAACUAAACCUACGCUAGAGCAGCUGGAUGGAUGUAAGAAAGCUGAUCUGUUUGCAAUUGCUAAACAUUAUGGGUUUUCUGUGUCUAGUUCUCUGGUUAAAGCAGAGUUGCGGGCCGCUGUGACUGACUGGUUAGUGCAGAGCAGUGUCUUGAGUUUGACAGAUUUGCCCGCUGGGGCAGCAGCGAGGCAGUCUGCUUCUGUGGCAGAGGAUGUGGCCAUGCCACCUGAUGCAGCGGAUACACUCGGUGUGAAGCUGGGCGGGGGUAAGCAGUUCACCCUGCCGAGAUAUUAUCCAUUGUCCGUGGAGUCCUCCCCUACCUCUAAAGAGGAUGCACGGUUGAAGGUUCAUUUGGCUCGGCUCCAUUUGGAGCGGGAGGAGCGUGAACACGAGCACCAGCUCAGCUGGGAGUUGGAGCUAAAGAAGUUGGAGGCAGAAACCGCCAUUAGAAUGUGCAAGUUGGAGCUGCGGUCAGCGCAGUUCUCAGCCACCGCUGCCGGUACCGGGUCAUCAGGAUCUGCCCUCCCUAGUACCUUUGAUCGGCUCAGGAGAAGCAGGAAGAAACUCCGGAGACUGCUGCUCCAGGCAACCCCUCCGUUUCCUUGGUUUGUGGUGGGGCUGAACCUGAUGAUGGCUUAGCAGGGCUCGAUGAAGGUCACCAGGGUGGUAGGUUGCCCAAUUCAAUGCUCUUGUCUAGCCUAGAGGCACAUUUGUCCUACCUCUCCCCGAACCAGCGUGAUGAUGUAAUGGUGUUGAUAACCUCUCUCAUUGUGGCAUUUGUUUUCCUGUGAGCUACCCUUCUAGUUUGCAGUUUGCUGACGUGUUGUCCCAACAGUAUCGUGGACUGGGCGCUUCCUCGUUUUUGGGAAGUUGUUUUUUGUAGACCCUCCCUGAGGGUACCUUUAGCACUUUUCUUUAUUGUAAAUAAAACGCCAAAUGUACU